AUGAUCGAACAUUUGGUUGGCGAGUGGGGGGAAGAUAAGAAAAAGAAGCAAAUGAGUACGAACAAAUGGGAUAAACUGAUGAGGAAGCCUAACAAUUCGAACACAAUCCUAAGUAAGCAUGUAGAGAAGGCAAACCGACAAAAGGAGAUGAAGUCAAAGUGA